ACCAAAAGGAAGCCAGGGGAAGCAACGAAAAGCCCACGCUACCUUCCAAUCCCCCACCCCAUCUCCUUCUUCUCUCUCUCAUAGUCUCUCUCAUUACCCCACCCCACACCCUCUCUCCCUCUCUUUUCCCCCAUCUCUCUCAAUCUCUCUCCCCCUUGGGCGCCGGCCGGCAGGGGAGGGGAGGAAGCAAGGCCGGCCGCGGCCGCCAUUUCCUAUUUGCCUCCAGAUUGCCCACCCAACAGCCUGCAGCCCGCCGCCGCCGGUAGCCAGAGAGCAUGAUGCUGCGGCGCGUGGCCUCGUCGACGCCGGUGCCCGAGUGGCUGGAGGCGCUCCUCAGCACGCGCUUCUUCCUGGCCUGCGGCGCGCACCCGGCGUCCCCGCGCAACGAGUGCAACAUGUUCUGCCUCGAGUGCCGGGGGGCGCCGCCGCCGGCCUUCUGCUACUACUGCAGGGCGCACCGACACGCAUCCCACAGGGUCAUCCAGAUACGGCGCUCCUCCUACCACGACGUCGUCCGCGUCUCCGAGGUGGAGGACGUCCUCGACAUCACCGGCGUCCAGACCUACGUCAUCAACAGCGCCAGGGUGCUCUUCCUCAACGAGCGCCCCCAGCCGCGCGGCGCCGGCGCCGCCGCCGGCAAGGCAGCCGCCUCCCCCUACAACUGCGAGAUCUGCGGCCGCGCGCUGCUCGACCCCUUCCGCUUCUGCUCCCUCGGAUGCAAGUUGGUGGACACCAAGCGGAGCAACGGCCACGCGGCGGCGCCCACCGACGGCGGCGCGGACAAUGAGGAGGCGGAGGAGGUCGGCGGGAGCAAGAACGCCGCGGCGCGGCCGCAGGGCCACCGGCGGAAGGGGAUCCCCCACCGCGCGCCCUUCUGGUCCUGACCCACCUCACCGGCAACACCAAUCGCCCGAUCGAUCGAUCUCAAUGGCGUCGUCCGGAACAGAAGAGGAAUGAAGAAUCAGCAGCAAUCCAGUGCAAUGCAAGCACAUACAUCAAGGAAGGCAAUGCCAGCAAAAUGGGACUGGCCGGCUUCGUUCAUUCCGUCGUACUUACUUACUUACUUUGAAAAAAAAAAGAGAGAGAAAGAGAGAAGAUUCUGCCCGCCCAACUAGAAAAAAAAAACAAAGAAAGAAAGAAAUAGAUAGAUAGAAAAGCAAGCAAGGUGAGCUGAGCUCGGCAGCCCCAACCCAACCACCGGAAGGAGAGGGAGAUGAGGAAGGAUGGCUGGCCGGGGCCGCGCGCGCGCUGGACUCCAGUAAGCAACAUGUCUGUCCCCAUCUCCCUCUUGUUUCUCUCUCUGUCUCUCUCUCUCUCUCGCCAGUCGCCAUGCCUUGUGCCAUACCACCAUUUGGCACGGUAGAUGUACAUGACAUGCCCCCGAUCAUCAUCUCCUAGCUAGUCAUAGCCAUAUUAAACCUGAAUUAGCAGGAAAUUAAAUGGAUUCUUUUACAGUACAUUGGUUGGGA